ACACUAGAAAUCUGAUGUCUGGCACAAGUUUGGAUGGGUAAGAUUCCCUCCACUUGCUAAGUAUGAUACUAAGUAUGCUUAUUUGGAAGUAAGUUCACUACAGUUCAGUAGGACUUUCUUUAUGGGAAAUGAGUUGAAAAUUCCAGUUUUUUUAACUUGAUCACCAUGUUUUUCAGAAGUAAAUCCACCUGAUUGGAUUGAUAAGGUCCCCACGAUGGCUCACAACAUUGGCUCUUUAUCUUCUGAGGAUCAUGACUUUGACCCUACAGCUGAAAUGUUGGUACAUGAUUAUGAUGAUGAAAGAACUCUGGAAGAGGAAGAAAUGAUGGAUGAAGGCAAAAAUUUCAGUUCUGAGAUUGAAGACUUAGAAAAGGAAGGAAGCAUGCCAUUAGAAGAUUUGCUAGCAUUCUAUGGCUAUGAAUCUACCAUUCCUGUUAUAGCAAGUUCCAGCGCAGAUAGUUCCCCAAGCGAACUUGCAGAUGAGCUUCCAGACAUGACUUUGGAUAAAGAGGAAAUAGCCAAAGACCUUUUGUCAGGAGAUGAUGAAGAAACACAGUCUUCUGCUGAUGAUUUGACACCAUCGGUUACUUCACAUGAAACAACAGAUUUUUUUCCUCGGCCUUUAAGAUCAAACACUAUCUGUGAUGGUGAUAAAGAAUCUGAUGGUGAAGAUGUGGAAGUAGAUACCGGUAAUUCAUCUGAAGAUUUGCGAAAGGAAAUAAUGAUUGGUUCACAAUACCAGGCUGAAAUACCACCUUUCUUAGGCAAAAGUUGCAAUGAUGAAAAAGCAUAUGAAAAUGAGGACCAGCUACUUUGGCAACCUGAUGUUAUUUCAGAAAAUAAAGUUAAAGAGUACCUUUUUGAAACUUCUGUAAGAACUGGAAAUGAAAAAAUAAUUGGCAGAAUUCCUGAUGGAGUGCAUACCCGGGACAAUGAACAGGCACUCUAUGAACUCUUCAAGUGUAACCACAAUCUAAAGGAAGCCAUUGAGAAAUACUGUUCAAAUGGAAAGACAUCACAGGAUAUGACCGCUUGGACAGAAGAAGAAUGUAGAAACUUUGAACAUGCACUUCUGAUAUAUGGGAAAGAUUUUCAUCUUAUACAAAAAGAUAAGGUGGGAACCAGGACAGUUGCUGAAUGUGUAGCAUUUUAUUACAUGUGGAAGAAAUCUGAACGAUAUGAUUACUUUGCUCAACAAACAAGAUUUGGAAAAAAGAGGUACAACCACCAUCCUGGAGUCACGGACUACAUGGAUCGGUUGGUAGAUGAAGCAGAAGCUUUAGGUGGUGCAGUUUCUUCAGCCAUAAUAUCAAAUAAUAGACUAGAGCCCAUUCCUGAUCAACAACUAGGCCUCCUGAAUUCAAUCACUGCCAAUGAUUUGACAGGUAAAUUAAAAGCACUGACCAACAGCGUAGCUACAGUCUGCCAUUCUACAGAUGUGAACUCAGAAGACGCCUUCCCACCUCUGGACAGUUUGCCCCGAACAGCAGUUAAUCAUGUGCCUGUCGUAACAGAAGAUUUGCUUAACUUGCCUAGUAAUGGCGAAAGUGAUUGUUUUAAUUUAUUUGAGACUGGAUUUUAUCAUUCUGAAUUAAACACCAUGAACAUGUGCGGUGAAGAAUCGGAAAGGCCUGCCAAGAGAUUGAAAAUGGGAAUUGCGGUCCCAGAAUCCUUCAUGAAUGAAGUUUCGGUGAACAACUUGGCUGUUGAUUUUGAGAAUCAUACACAUCAUAUUACUAGUGCCAAAAUGGCGGUCUCGGUAGCUGACUUCAGCAGUCUAUCGGCAAAUGAGACAAAUGGCUUUAUCAGCGCCCAUGCAUUACACCAGCACACGGCCCUCCAUUCAGAAUGAAUUCAAGCAGCAAAUUAAAGACAGUGAACACUGUUGGCAGUUUGUGGUAAACUUGAUGAAUUGAUCAGGUUUGCUUAGUCUUUCACUGGAAGUUUGAACUAUAUGACAUCAGUGAUGUCUUUAUGUACAGAACUAUAUCUUGAUUUAUCAAGAAUAAUUUCACUUUUUUUCCAAUCCAUAAAUGUGGAAACUUCAUAUAAUAUCUAGCAGAGUUCGGGACUAAGAGAACCAUGUGGUACAGCUUUAAGCUCUGCUUCCUUUCUUUUUAAACCCGUAGAGAGACUGCUGUCUCAAAACCAGCACAGAAGUUCUGAACUUAAUAGAGUGGGUUUUUGUUCUAGGUUGCUUCUGCCCUAAUGGAUGCAGUGGAAUAACAUUUGUUUACAGGUACCAGUUCUGAUCCUUGCUUAAUGUAGCAUUUAAAAAAAAUAAUCAAAAGCAGGGAGACAUUUCUUUAAUUUAAACUGCACAACUACACAAGGAUAUUUUUAAAUUGAAGCUUGUGUCAUCUGAUAUUAAGCCAGAGCACUUCAGUUUACAAAACAACAGAUUCAUCUUGGUGGAUACUAGCACAAAAGACAGUAAGAGCAAAGUCUGAGGACAAGCUUAGAUGCUCUUAUAACAUCACAGGCCACAGCUACCUUACACAAAAAUGCUUUUACUGUCCAAAGGUUUUGUGUACUUUUUAACGUAUUGGCUGAAAAGAUGUGUUUGAGCUGGGGUGGGGGAUAUCUAUACUUCUGAGAAAUAGAAUCUGAAAACAUCAAGUAUUAUCUUAACAUUGCUUAAAGCUACUAAGAAUGAUACAAUUUGCUCACUCUACUAAUGAAUUACAUAUUGGGGUUUGUCUUUACUUCAGAACAUGGCAGUUCAAAAUAGCAUGAAAUUUCUGGAUUAAUAGAUGGUGAAUGGUGCAAUGGAUCUUUGAAUCACUUUCAGCCAUUAGUGUAGUUUUCUUCCUGGAUUAUUCAGAUUUCAGUACAUUAAUAUUCCAGAGAGAAAUCUUUGACAAGAUUGUUCUGUGUUGAAGGAUUUGUGAAAGUUCACUAAAACUUUGGUUAUCAAUUAUAAAACUUGCCAAUGUUACACUGACACGCAGACACACACAUAGGCUGGUCUUGUUGUAUUCUGGUCUUUUCCCGUGUAAGAUUGCGAUUGUCUUGGCAACAUUUCAGCGAGGUCUCACUCUCCAUCUUCAGACUGGGUUUUGGGCUGAAGAUAGCGAGUGAGACAUUGCCAAGACAAUCUCAAUCUUACAUGGGAAAAGACCAGAAUACAACAACACCCUACCUACACCCGUGAAAAUCUACGAAGAUUUUCACGGGUGUAGGUAUGCUGGUGUUGUUGUAUUCUGGUCUUUUCCCAUGAUUUUCACAGGUGUGGGUAUGCUGGUGUUGUUGUAUAAAAUAUUUCUACAGACUGUUAGCACCUUGAAUUUGAGCAACAGCAGAGUGCUGGGAGUCACUAUCAAAAGUUUUUGAGUUUCUCAAAUAGCACAUUUUAACCAUUCUAGGAAUUUAAUUACCACGUAUAUUUGUUAAUGGUGAUCUGUUGUAAAGUAUACACCUGAAACUUGUCAGUCUAAUGCAGUACACAAAAAUGGGUAGCCUUGGCCUUGGGUCACAUUCUAAUACUUUCAGUCAAAUUGUCAGCUUCCUGUUGCUGUAAUUUGUGCUGAAUGCUGUAUCUUGUGGGUUUUUUUUCUUAUUCAACACAUCUUAUUUAAUUUUGUAAAAUACUCGCUGUAUUUUUUUCCUUUUGUUACACAUUCAUGUUUAUGGGUUUUUCCAGUGGCUGGUGUGUAUAAAAAUCAUCACACAAAAUGUAUGAAUGCUUAUACCAGUUGCACUUAAAUGAACACACCCAUUCUCAUCAACUGAUGCAGUACUAUGUUCAGUUUAUCUAUGCAUUGCUGGGGUCUUAAUGAAGACCGAGACAGUCUAGUUUCUCGUCUAAAAUUUUGAUUGUCAGCAAGUUAAAUGGACACUUUAGUUAUUUAAUAAAGACUUUUGACCAAAAUUCUAAAAAUGGUAUGAGAACAAUGAAUUCCGGCUAGUUUUAAUAGAUUUUUAAUUGCUGAUCUAAUUUAGCCUAUUGGCUAGCUAGCUGGUAAUGUUUACUUUUAAUUCCUUGUUAAAAUGAGGCAAUAAUUUGCAAGAUUAUGUAAAUAUGUACAUUCUGCAUAUCUUUUUAGAUAUCUAUUUCAAUAUUUUCUGACUACUUCUGUGUAUAGUAACAUUUUGUGCAUGCUUGAUGUGACAUUCAUAAAUUUGUACCACUAUGACUUUAUUCAUGUAAAAUAGCUAUUUAUUGAAUUUUUCUUUUAAAAGCUGGACUUAUACUGUUUCUCUCUAUUUUAAACAUUUUACUGGAGAAAUUGUUACUGUUUAUUAAAAGAAUUGCGUUUGAAUCAGAAUGAAGCUGGCUAAAUUGCAGCCGUGUGAAAAUUACAUUGCAUUGAUUCAUUGUAGGUUAAGCACAAUUCUUCUAACAAACGGUGAUGACUUCUUUGUUCAUUGCUGAGUAUAUUCCCUGUUCUCCCCUGCUCUCAAUCCAUUUGUAUAAACCAAAAAUCCAUGGUGGGCACCUGCAGUUUGUAGAGGUAUCGCUUACAGGAACUCCAAAAGAACAUUGGAUUCACUUGUAUGUGGAACUGGUGCUGCAAUAGAGCAAUACUUCAACUUUUGUUAGCCAUUUCAUCCUCUCAUUGAUAGCUUUUUAAGUGUUCAUUUUUCUUCUUUAUAUAGACAGGCCAAUCUUACCUACAGACUGCUUUAUAUUCUCUGAAGUAUUGAACUCUGUACUGUUAGGUUUUUGUGCAGUUUUUCUUUGGAAACAAACAAUCAGAUCCAUGUUAAGUUCACAUCCAGUAGUGCAUUAGUGAUACUAUUUAAUUGAAACAAACUCUUUGAAUGUAAAUUAGUGGAUAGCCUAACCACUAGAAGACCGCCCAGUGUUACAAGCACAGUGUCUAUAAAUGGGAAAUUAAAUGUGCAAAUAAUCAUGAUUACGAUUUCCCAAGGGGGGGGAGUAUUCUAGUUAUUGCUUCAGGCUAGUUUACGGCAGUCCACCUCUAAGAAAUCAGUCACGUCCAUCAUUGCUAGGUUCAAAUAGCUUCGCCUUUCUCAUAAAUUAGUGACAAUCGCAACCAGUGCUAAUAUCUGCUGCUUAAGAGGAAGUUGCUA